AUGCUCUAUCAAUCGGUCACUUCUUUACCACCAACGGAUCCGGGGAGAAAUGAAGAAUGGAGGAAAUUUGGAGAUACGAAGAGACCAGAGAGUAUCCAAGAUGAAUCAGAUGUUUUCCCUCCACUCCCAACUCCAUCUCCGUUAAUCGAACCUUCAACGAUUGAAGCAGAUCAAGAAAGAAAUGAUGAAAUCGAGAUUCCCAAGGAGAUCGAGAAAACGGGAAAACAACAACAAUUUCCCUCAACGAUCACCCCAAUUUCUAACGCGUUUUUGGCUCAAAUUGUAUUGGCCACUCAUGAGAUCACAGAAAGAAAAGAAGAGCUUGAAGUUCGAUUGCAAAAAUUGGUUUGUGAUGGGGCACUGGCAGCACGAGCAGCUCAUUAUAAAUUAACAAAAGCAUCGCUCUUCAAUGAGCAUCCAAUUGGUGAUGUGGAUGUCAAGAUUGACAAAAUGAGAACUGAUGGCUUGGCAACAACGCUGUAUUUCUACACAAAAAUUGAUGGGAAUCUCAUUCCACCGGACAUUGUGAUCAAUGACAUGGCUCAAUUAACCCCACAACAUGUCUCAGCCGUCUUGCAUUACCCACUUGAAAAAUUGAAAACCGAAAAACUACUUGAAGAGGAGCACGCGAACAAAUGGUGGUUGAUAGUGUGCAUUGCUGGUGCAGGGAUAGCGAUUCUGUUAUUUGGCUGGUUUCUACUCGUUUGCUAUUUUAAUAUUUGCGGAAGACCGAUUUAUGUGAGACAAGAAAAAGGAGAUGAGAAUCGAGAUCCGAAUGCUAUGAUUUUGCCAAUAAACUUUGAAGAUUCGACGAUUCAGCAAACGCCCAAUGACGGGCACAAAUCGGUUGUUUUUGCGCCGAUUUUACCCUCUAAUUUUCAUGAGAAUCGACCAAAAUCGAAAAAAGCAAAACGGCCAAUCGAGCUUCCCGUUGAUCAAAUCGAACAAUCAGUAAGGACAGGAGACACCAAAGGGAAUCGGAAAAUUGAGGAUCGAAAAAUUGAUGAUGAAACUUUAUGGAAUGGUGAUGGGUGGAAAAAUCGAGAAGACGAUAAACAAGGAGAAAAAGGAAGGAAUGAAAAUGGGAUGAGAGGAGUGGGAAAAGAAGGAGAACGAGAUUCACAAUCACCCGGGUUGCCAUCACCUACACCCGAAGAAUUUGAUGGCGAGAUCACGCAAAGUUCGUCACAACGCGCGAAACGACGACCAAAAGCUGCCGGAAAGACGAGACCGUUAAGGGAUCGAGAAGGGAAUAUCAUUCGCCGUGGAGAUGGCUCCGAUGUGCUCUGGGAUCACUAUACAGCAGCACAGAAAGUACAUGAGCUGUAUGGAAUUGCGCCUAGAUUUGUAAGUGAGUCCGAUUCCUCAUCAUAUCCUCGACCAAAUCCACCGACAAACGAUGGAGUACUCGAGCUUCGUGUCUCUUCUUUGGCUAAUAAUAGUCUUGUUCAUCAAUUUCUU